AUGCUUUCAACCGCCGGAAUUCGUCGAAAUUUAUGUAACAAGGUUCGCCAUUUAGGCGGAUCUUUGUUAACGGCAUCACCUAUGACGUGUCGAGGAUUGGCAUCUAGUGUCAAUAACUUUGAGCAAUACUCCUCUCCUGAAGGCUUUGAGGCAAGGACACCUCCAUACACAAAGCUUCUCAGAAAUUUACAAAAGGUUCGCCAGGUUUUGGGUGGUUCCGACAAGCCAUUGACGUUGGCAGAGAAAAUUCUCUACUCACACUUAGUGAAUCCAGAGGAACUUGAUAUUGCUAAGGGAGAUGUUGGCAAUAUCAGAGGUAAACAAUAUUUAAAAUUGAAUCCUGAUAGGGUUGCGAUGCAAGAUGCCUCGGCACAGAUGGCCAUGCUUCAGUUCAUUACAUGUGGUAUGAAGUCUACUGCCGUUCCUGCAUCCAUUCAUUGCGAUCACUUGAUUGUGGGCAAAGAUGGCGAAGAAAAAGAUCUUCCAAGAUCAAUCAAGAACAAUAUUGAGGUGUUUGACUUCUUGAAAUCUUGUGGUGAAAAAUUCGGAAUUCAGGUCUGGGGUCCUGGUUCUGGUAUCAUCCAUCAGAUUGUUCUUGAGAAUUUCUCUGUUCCAGGUUUGAUGAUGCUUGGUACCGAUUCCCAUACUCCAAAUGCAGGUGGACUUGGUGCCAUUGCAAUUGGUGUUGGUGGUGCCGAUGCCGUGGAUGCAUUGACCGGAACACCUUGGGAAUUAAAGGCUCCAAAAAUCCUUGGUGUUAAUCUUAAAGGUGAAUUGCAUGGAUGGACUUCUCCAAAGGAUAUUAUUACCAAGUUGGCUGGUGACCUAACAGUUCGUGGUGGUACUGGAUAUAUUGUGGAGUACUUUGGAGACGGUGUCAAACAGCUGGGUUGUACCGGUAUGGCAACAAUUUGCAAUAUGGGUGCCGAAAUAGGUGCCACUACAUCUACCUUCCCUAUGCAAGACUCUCACUUUGAUUACCUUACGGCAACUGGUAGAGGGCCAGUUGCAGAUUUGGCUCGUAAAGUGAAUAAUGAGACUCAGUUGAUGACUGCUGAUAAAGGUGCCCAGUACGAUAAGAUCGUUGAGAUUGAUCUUUCAGCCUUGGAACCUAGUGUGAAUGGACCAUUCACCCCAGAUCUUCGUACUCCUAUUUCUGAAUUGAAAAGCAAGUGGAGAAAGGAAAGCUGGCCCGGCGAAAUUUCUGCAGGCUUGAUUGGUUCAUGUACAAACUCUUCAUACCAAGAUAUGUCUCGUGCUGCUUCUCUCGUUUUGCAGGCCGAAAAAGCCGGCCUCAAGCCAAAGAUUCCAUUCUUUGUUACUCCUGGUUCAGAGAGAGUUCGUGCUACUAUUGGCAGAGAUGGAAUUAUCGACAUCUUUAAGCGUAAUGGUGCAAAGGUUCUUGCAAAUGCUUGUGGCCCAUGUAUUGGACAGUGGGAUCGCGGUGAAAACAAGCCAACUGGAUCUAAUGUGAUCUUCACAUCUUUCAACAGAAACUUCAAAGCAAGAAAUGAUGGAAAUAGGAAAACUAUGAAUUUCUUGACAUCGCCUGAUAUUGUGACGGCCAUGAUAUAUUCUGGAUCGAUGGACUUCAAUCCUUUAGCAGAUUCCAUUACAACCCCAGAUGGUAAGAAGUUCAAAUUCAACCCACCGGUUGGAGACAAGCUUCCAUCAAAAGGUUUCAUUGAGGGAAGAAAGCAGUUCUACCCAGAGAUGUCACCUAAACCAAAGCCAAGUGUUGAAAUCCAAGUUUCACCUGAGAGUGACAGACUUCAACUUCUCAAGCCUUUUGCCCCAUGGUCAGGAAAGGAGUUUACCACUACUGUGAUAUUGAAGGUUCAAGGUAAAUGUACCACUGAUCAUAUUUCAGCAGCCGGUCCUUGGUUGAAGUACAAGGGACAUUUGGGAAAUAUCGCCCAUAACACGUUAAUUGGCGCAGUUAAUAAGGAGACCGGGGAAGUUAACACGGUUUAUGACUUUGAUGGAAAGUCUUAUGGUAUUCCAGAAUUGAUGCAGAAAUGGAAGGAUGAACAAAGGCCAUGGAUUGUUGUUGCGGAGCACAACUAUGGUGAGGGUUCUGCCCGUGAGCAUGCUGCUUUACAGCCAAGAUAUUUAGGCGGAGAAAUCAUUCUAACUAAAUCUUUUGCAAGAAUCCACGAGACCAACUUGAAGAAGCAAGGUAUGCUUCCAUUGACUUUUGCCAAUGAGGCCGACUACGAUAAAUUACAUACUGGUGAUGUUAUUACUACUUUAAAUCUCCGCGAUAUGAUUAAGAAACAUGGUGAUAAUGGAGGAUUCAUAGAUUUAGAAGUCACCAAACGGGAUACCGGCAAGAAGUUUGUCAUCAAGGCCCGCCACACCAUGUCAGCCGAUCAAGUUGAGUGGUUCAAAGCCGGCUCUGCAAUAAACUAUAUCAGAGAUCAGGCUAAGAACUGA